AGCGAAGCUGUCUCUAAGGGAGCGUAUGAGAAGAACCAACGAUAGGAUUGGCAGACAGAAAUUCAACAGGUGCAGCUUUUGCUGACAUGAUGAAGAAAGCACCACCUGUUGAGUUUAUGAUCCAUCAUGUCUGACAAACCGGAUUUUGCAGAAAUUGAAACAUUUGAUAAGACCAAACUGAAAAAAACAGAAACGAGAGAAAAAAAUCCAUUGCCCACUAAGGAAACCAUUGAACAGGAAAAGCAAAGCAAAAACACACCCUGAAGUUGGAUCAGAAGAUAUGGUUGACAGCUCCUCCUGUGGGAUUUUAAGUUCUACGUUUUCAAACUUUGUUAUUUAUUAGCUUCCUUUUUUUUAAAUAGCACUUUUGUUUUUGUUUUGCUUUCUUGGUGCAGCGGGGGGUCUUUUAUUUUACAGCAAUGCUCUGAAACCAAUCAAAUCCAUCUUUUGUAAUUCCCCAAAGUGACUAUAAUCCUGUGUCCAAUACACAUGUGACAAUUUGCCAAAAUGUACAUUUUUGUUGUAUGUCAAGAGAAAACAUUAUUUUCAUAUGGUAUCUGAUGUAGAACCGCA